AUGUCUCGUCCAGAAAGCAGUGAGAGAUGGUCUCUAAAGGGAACUACUGCUCUUGUCACUGGUGGAACCAAAGGAAUCGGGUAUGCUAUUGUGGAAGAAUUGGCAGCACUUGGUGCUAUUGUUCAUACAUGCGCGAGGAGCCAAGGCCAGCUUGAUGCAUGCAUACGUCAAUGGAAGGAGAAGGGUCUUAAAGUUGGUGGAUCAGUCUGUGAUGUAUCCUCUCAAGCUGAACGAGAGAAGUUGAUAAAGGAGGUUUCCUCCCUGUUUGGUGGGAAACUCAACAUCCUUAUAAACAAUGCUGGAACCAAUGUAUACAAACCAACUUUAGAGUACACGGCUGAGGAUUUUACAUUUAUGGUGAAUACAAAUCUCCAAUCUGCUUUCCAUUUGUCCCAACUUGCACAUCCACUUUUGAAAGCUUCGGAAGCUGGAAGGAUUGUCUUUAUGUCCUCUAUUUGCAGUGUGACAUCUGUCAACAUUGGAUAUCCUAUAUAUUCAGCUACUAAAGGAGCAAUUAAUCAACUCACAAGGAACCUGGCAUGCGAAUGGGCUAAAGACAAUAUAAGAGUUAAUUCGGUCGCUCCUUGGUUCAUCAGAACCUCAAUGACCGAAGAUAGUCUUGAAAAUGAAAAUGUGGUGAAGGAGCUUGCUCAUCGUACCCCCAUGGGACGUGCUGGAGAACCAGGAGAAGUCUCUUCUGUUGUUGCAUUUCUUUGCCUGCCUGGGCCGUCCUUUACUACCGGACAGGUCAUUUGUAUUGAUGGAGGGAUGUCAGUGAAUGGCUUUUCCAUGGGUUGA